AUGCGUUUCUCAAUCUUCGCCAUCACUCCGCUCAUCGCCUCCGCUCUCGCCUUACCAGCAGCCACAGUCGCAAGCUCCAACUCCAAAUCCCGCCCCACCCCCUCCCCACCCAAACUUCCCGCCUGCGGUCCAACCCCGCAACCAUGUUCCUGCCCCGCCGGAACCUACUACCAAGUAUCCACCUCUGUAGCCAUCGUUCCCGCCUCCGCCUCGGACCUCCAAUCCGUCAUAGGCAAUUUCCUACAAACCUCCUGGUUCGGCACCAGUCCCGAAUCCAUCACUGGCACUGGCACCAUCCCCGGCGCCCAACGUCAUCUCCUCGGUGAAAUCCCCGGUGCAGGUAUCUACCCCAUCACCGAAGAACUCACACUCUACAAACCCUACCCCAACAAUGGGGGUUUCUAUCAGAAAUUCCAAAUGGGCGAUGCACCAUUCUAUUUCAAUAUGACGACUGGUGCGCCCGGGAUUCUGGGGGGUACGUGGGAUAUUGUUGAUGUGCAUGCGAUUGGGUCGAAGACUUCGAGUUGGUUGUGGAAUAUUUAUGCUUGUUUUAGUGUGGAUUUUGAUUUUCAGGGUUUUCAUGAGAGUGCUAUGUUGAAUGUUACGAGUAUUUUGAAGAGUCAGGGGAAGACUAGUGGGAGUCUUAUUGGGCCGUUUUCUUAUUAG